GACUUUUGUAUUGUGCAUUGGGUACACUACAUACUGCAUUGUUCAAUGGUCAUCGAAAUUGUUCAUGUUUUCAUAUUUUUGUCGGUGUGACAUAAUUUAUUAUUUUUGGAUAUAAAUUUUUUGUAAUUUGUUUUUUUAGAUAUGAUACAUAGUUAAACAUUAUUUGUCUACCAUGACAUUAAAAGAUGAAGAUUUAAAGGAGCAAACCAAAAGGUUACGUUUCAAAAAUGUUAGCCAAACAUUUUCGGCAGAACUUGGAGAUAGACCCAUCAAGGAGACUAGACAUAUUGAUGACGAAAAGAGAGCUUCCUUAUUCACAUUUUUGCAUGUAGAACUUACAAGAGGCUAUUUCUUAGAACAUGAUGAGGAAAGGUUCUCAGCACGACGUGAAAAAGUCUAUUCUUUCAUUAAAAUACCGCAAGAGCUUGAGAAGUUUAUGGCGUAUGGGUUCUUUCAAUGUGCUGACUCUCUACUCUUUAUUUAUACAUUUCUUCCGUUACGAUUUAUUUUGGCCUUUUGGUCAUUUUUGGAUAGAUUAUUUAGGAGAUGUUUUGGGUUCUAUUCAAAUACACGAUCCAGCAUUCUCAAGCCAGCUGAAACAUGUGAUGUACUUAAAGGAUUUAUUUUAUUAGUAUGUAGUAUUCUCAUGUGUUAUAUAGACACGAAUAUGAUGUAUCAUCUUGUGAAGAGUCAAAGUGUAAUGAAAUUGUAUAUUUUCUACAAUAUGUUAGAAGUUGGUGACAGAUUAUUCUCAGCAUUUGGUCAAGAUACAAUAGAUGCACUGUUUUGGACUGCAACGGAACCAAGAGAUAGGAAAAGAGAGCAUUUAGGUGUAAUCCCACACCUAAUAUUUGCCAUGAUUUAUGUGUUUCUUCACAGUUUGUUGGUUCUGUUUCAAGCAACAACACUUAAUGUGGCCUUUAAUUCGAACAAUAAGAGCCUUCUCAUCAUAAUGAUGUCAAACAAUUUUGUGGAACUAAAAGGCAGUGUAUUCAAGAAAUUUGACAAAAAUAACUUAUUCCAAGUGUCUUGUAGUGACGUGAGAGAGAGGUUACAUCUCUCCGUCUUGUUGUUUAUUGUUGUUCUUCAAACAAUGAAGGAAUACAUGUGGAAGGAGGAACGUUUUUGGAUCCUAGCACCGGACUGCGUCCUGGUUUUGACAUUUGAAGUGAUUAUUGACUGGGUCAAGCAUGCUUUUAUUACAAGAUUUAAUGAGAUACCGUUUGGUGUAUACCGGGAGUACACAGUGAGUUUGGCGUACGAUGUUGCCCAGACACGGCAGAAAUAUGCGUUUAGCGAUCACUCGGAUCUGGUGGCACGAAGGAUGGGGUUCAUACCACUGCCUUUGGGGGUCGUUAUUACCAGAGUACUGGUACAUGCCGUGAAGGUUGAUGGGUUCGCAGCAAUUUUCCUAAUAUUUGUGGCGUAUUUGUGCCUCAUAACAGUGAGAAUAUUAAUAUCUAUUGUAAUAUUGGGGAAAGCAUGCGAUCUGAUCACGUUACACCAGAGCGACAGAGGUGACAGCCAGCAGACAACACCUAAACGUGAAUUCAAAGAUUUCAAAGAGGUGUACACACACAAAGUGACAGACAACGAACCCCCAGACCGGAAACGACUUAAGUUUAUAGUUCCUGCUGGUGAUAUUAAAAGCGAACCCCGGGUAGACUCGACGGGGGCAGCGGCCAUUUUCUCAAACAGCGCGAUCGAUUUGAACGGGGUGUGUUAUCUAAACGAUAGUCUAAACGAUAACGUCAAACUCGAGCCCGAAUACGAUAACGAAUUGGUGGAAGUGAGCCGUAGUGCGCCAGAUAUAAAUAAAUCUUCGCCAAAUGAGGUGGAGGUGGAAAGGGAUACCUCUCCUGAUGCAGAGGGACUCAGGAGAAGAGCCGAGUCGGAGCCAAAUCUGGCCACGACGGAUGAUGAUGACAAGUCAUAGGUGAUGAAGAUACAGGGAGUCGGCUAUUUCUUUUUUGUGAAAAUCAAUUUUGUUAUUAAAUAGCAGAUGCAAAUUGAUUUCGAGCUAAUUGUCAAUUGUGACAGAUUAUUAAACGUUAUGACAAUUUGCUUGUAAAUUGGUCUCUAGACCCUGACUAUAGACAAUAAAAUAUGAAAU